GACAUCAGGUUGUCUUCAUUGCCUUAUAAGGACACGCUCGCACCGCGUUGAUGGCGUGUCACUUCCUUCCUGCUAGAUGUGACUAGAUGACUCGUCACUCAUCGCUCAGUGCAGACUUCAGCAGCCCACCUCCACAGCCAUCGCCACGACAACAGCAGCCUUCAGGACGUUGUGUGGUGCAACUUUCAGGACCCCGACAUGGACAACUCCACGGCAAGCGUCUCUCCAGAAGAGCUGGAGGACCUGAGAGAGGCUUUCGCCAAGAUUGACGUGGACAACAAUGGCUUCAUCAGCAAAGACGAACUCAACCAGCUCUUCAGGGCCGCCAACCUAGCUCUGCCGGGCUUCAGGGUCCGAGAGAUGGUCCAGGAGCUGACCAAGACCAGCGAGCAGCUCACCUUCCAGCAGUUCACGCAGAUGGUUCAAGGCCUGAAGAGCACUGAGGUUGGCAAGACCUUCAGAAAGGCCAUCAACAAGAAGGAGGGAAUCUGCAACGUGGCCGGAACAUCGGAGCAAGCGGGCACUCAGCACUCCUACUCAGAGGAGGAGAAGGUGGCCUUCGUCAACUGGAUCAACAAAGCUCUUGAGAAGGACCCGGACUGUAAACACGUCCUGCCGGCUGAUCCCAACAGCAAUGAUCUUUUCACGGCAGUGGGAGACGGAAUUGUUCUAUGUAAAAUGAUCAACCUCUCUGUGGAGGACACCAUCGAUGAGAGGACCAUCAACAAGAAGAAGCUCACUCCUUUCACCAUUCAGGAAAACCUGAACCUGGCGCUGAACUCGGCGUCGGCGAUCGGCUGCCACGUGGUCAACAUCGGCGCCGAAGACCUGAAGGAAGGCAGGCAGCACUUGGUCCUGGGCCUGCUGUGGCAGAUCAUCAAGAUCGGAUUAUUUGCCGACAUCGAGCUCAGCAGGAACGAAGCUCUGAUUGCUCUGCUGCGAGAUGGUGAGAGUCUGGAGGACCUGAUGAAGCUCUCACCAGAGGAACUUCUUCUGCGCUGGGCUAACUACCACCUGGAGGAAGCUGGCGCUCCAAAGCUCAACAACUUCAGCUCCGACAUCAAGGACUCCAAAGCGUACUACAACCUCCUGAAUCAGGUGGCACCCAAAGGUGACGAGGAGGGAAUCCCCCCCAUCAACAUCGACAUGUCGGGAGUGAAGGAGAAAGAAGAUCUGAAACGUGCCGAGUGCAUGCUGGAGCAGGCUGACAAGCUGGGAUGUCGACAAUUCGUCAUGGCGACCGACGUGGUCCGUGGCAACCCCAAACUCAACCUGGCCUUCGUGGCCAACCUCUUCAACAAGUACCCGGCCCUGAAGAAGUCCGAGAACCAGGACAUUGACUGGAGCUCCAUCGAAGGAGAGACCAGGGAGGAGCGCACCUUCAGGAACUGGAUGAACUCUUUGGGGGUCAACCCUCGAGUCAACCACCUCUACAGCGAUAUCGACGACGCCCUGGUUAUCUUCCAGCUGUACCAGAAGAUCAAGGUUCCAGUAGACUGGGACCGUGUCAACAAACCCCCUUACCCUAAACUGGGCAGCAACAUGAGGAAGUUGGAGAACUGCAACUACGCCGUAGAACUUGGCAAGAAGGAGGCCAAGUUCUCUCUGGUGGGCAUCGCGGGCCGGGACCUGCAUGCCGGGAAUCGAACUCUCACACUCGCUCUUCUUUGGCAGCUCAUGAGGAGAUACACUUUGAACAUCCUGGAGGAUCUUGGUGAUGGUCAGAAGGUGAAUGAUGACGUCAUCGUUGUUUGGGUCAACAACACCCUGACUCAACACAACAAACCUUCCAUCUCCAGUUUCAAGGACACGUCCAUCAGCACCAGUCUGCCCGUGCUGGACCUGAUCGACGCCAUCCAGCCUGGAUCCAUCCGAUACGACCUGCUGAAGACGGACCAACUGACUGAAGAUGAGAAACUGAAUAACGCAAAGUAUGCCAUCUCCAUGGCGAGGAAGAUUGGCGCCCGUGUGUACGCGCUGCCUGAGGACUUAGUGGAAGUCAAGUCCAAGAUGGUGAUGACUGUGUUUGCCUGCCUGAUGGCUCGCGCCAUGAAGCACAUAUGAUCAUAUACCAUGUCAUAUCUGCAUGAUCAUGUCAUAUCUCAUAUACCAUGUCAUAUCUGCAUGAUCAUGUCAUAUCUCAUAUACCAUGCCAUACCUGCAUGAUCAUGUCAUAUCUCAUAUACCAUGCCAUACCUGCAUGAUCAUGUCAUAUCUCAUAUACCAUGUCAUACCUGCAUGAUCAUGUCAUAUCUCAUAUACCAUGUCAUACCUGCAUGUCAUAUCUCAUAUACCAUGUCAUACCUGCAUGAUGUCAUAUCUCAUUACCAUGUCAUGGAUGCAUGAUGAUGUCAUAUCUCAUACCAUGUCAUAUCUCAUAUACCAUGUCAUGCCUACAUGAUCAUGUCAUAUCUCAUAUAACAUGUCAUAGAUGCAUGAUGUCAUAUCUCCUAUACCAUGUUAUACCUGCAUGAUCAUGUCAUACUUGCAUGAUCAUGUCAUAUAUCAUAUACCAUGUCAUACCUGCAUGAUGUCAUAUAACAUGUUAUAGAUGCAUGAUGUCAUAUCUCAUACCAUAUCAUAUCUCAUAUACCAUGUCAUACCUGCAUGAUCAUGUCAUAUCACAUAUACCAUGCCAUAGAUGCAUGAUGAUGUCAUACCUGAUAUCAUGUCAUACCUGCAUGAUGAUGUCAUACCUGAUACAUGUAAAUGUCAUACAUAGAAAACAUCUACUGCUUUACAAAAAAAAAACUCCCAAUACCAAAAAUGUUCAUUUUUGUUAGACUUUUCACCAACAUUUGAUCUCAUUCUCCUUGAGUUUGUCAAAUAAAAGUCUGAACACCA